GGUGCCUUUGCAGGGUUCCUGGGAGGCUGGGCAUAGCUGGGAUUGUCAACCAAUGCCCUACAUGUGGCCUCCCUAACCAGGUGGUCUCAGGGGAGUUGGACUGUCUUCAUGGUGGCUGGCUUUCCACGGAAGCCAGGCAGAAGCAAGUAGCCCAUGGAAACCAGGUGGAAGCUGCAUGGAUUUUUGUGAUCUAGCUCCAGAGUUCACACAGCACCACUUUUGUGGCAUUGUAUUGGUUACACCAAGUUACAGGCCAGCCCACAUUCAAGGGAGGUGAGUUAGACUCCACCUCUUGGCGGCAGAGUGGCACGGUCACAUUCUAGAAGACCAUGUGGGAUGGCAGACAUUGUUGUGGUCACCUCUGGAAAGUACAAUCUGCUGCUCUUAAAAACUAGCCACGCACAUACAAAUCAACAGAAAGAGCUUCUGAAGGAAGACUUCAAAGCUGCUUCUGCCACGUAGUGCUGGGCCGCAGUCCUCCACUUCCUGUGUCCUCCGGAAGUUGUCAGGAGCCAUGUUUCGCUUGUACGUGUUGGUAAUGGGAGUUUCUGCCUUCACCCUUCAGCCUGCGGCUCACACAGGGGCUGCCAGAAGCUGCCGGUUUCGUGGGAGGCAUUACAAGCGGGAGUUCAGGCUGGAAGGGGAGCCUGUGGCCCUGAGGUGCCCUCAGGUGCCCUACCGGUUGUGGGCCUCUGUCAGUCCCCACAUCAACCUGACAUGGCAUAAAAAUGACUCUGCUAGGAUGGUCCCAGGAGAAGAAGAGACACGGAUGUGGGCCCAGGACGGUGCUCUGUGGCUUCUGCCAGCAUUGCAGGAGGACUCUGGCACCUACAUCUGCACUACUAGAAAUGCCUCUUACUGUGACAAAGUGUCCAUUGAGCUCAGAGUUUUUGAGAAUACAGAUGCUUCCCUGCCGUUCAUCUCAUACCCGCAAAUUUUAACCUUGUCAACCUCUGGGGUAUUAGUGUGCCCUGACCUGAGAGAAUUCACCCGUGACAAAACUGACGUGAAGAUUCAAUGGUACAAGGAUUCUCUUCCUUUGGAUAAAGACAAUGAGAAAUUUCUAAGUGUGAGGGGGACCACUCACUUACUGGUACAUGAUGUGGCCCUGGAAGAUGCGGGCUAUUACCGCUGUGUCCUGACGUUUGCCCAUGAAGGCCAGCAAUACAACAUCACUAGGACUGUUGAGCUACGCAUCAAGAAAAAAAAAGAGGAGACCAUUCCUGUGAUCAUUUCCCCCCUCAAGACCAUAUCGGCUUCUCUGGGGUCGAGACUGACAAUCCCGUGUAAGGUAUUUCUGGGAACCGGCACGCCCUUAACCACCAUGCUGUGGUGGACGGCCAAUGACACCCACGUAGAGAGCGCCUACCCGGGAGGCCGCGUGACCGAGGGGCCGCGCCAGGAAUAUUCAGAAAAUAAUGAGAACUACAUUGAAGUGCCAUUGAUUUUUGAUCCUGUCACAAGAGAGGAUUUGAACAUGGAUUUUAAAUGUGUUGUCCGUAAUACCCUGGGUUUUCAGACACUACGCACCACAGUCAAGGAAGCCUCCUCCACGUUCUCCUGGGGCAUUGUGCUGGCCCCACUUGCACUGGCCUUCUUGGUUUUGGGGGGAAUAUGGAUGCACAGACGGUGCAAACACAGAACUGGAAAAGCCAAUGGUCUGACUGUGCUACGGCCUCGUCAUCAAGAUUUUCAAUCCUAUCCCAAGUAAAAUAAACAGAAUGAAAUAAUUCCAACACAAACUCCGUAUGCCCUCUCUUAUGGAAGUGGCUGUGUCUUUUUGAGGGACUCUGUUCUUUGCCUCAGUUGUCUACCAAAGGCUCCAUAUUUAUAGUGGCAUUGUAGUAAAGGACUGAAGUCUUA